AUGACGAUAGAACGGCCUGGUGAGAGAGGCCGGAGACAUGGCCGAUCUGUUUUACAGGCAGCCCUGGCAGCCGGGAUUGCUACGCAAGCGGUGACACUUGUGGCAUUUUGUGCUGGGAGACCGUGGACGAAGGGAGGAUCAGCUGAUGGAUCCACUGGAACAACUCUUGGAGCUUUCAAGAGACCAGUGGGGUACUCUCGCAGGCCCUUGAGACCCUCCCGAUUUGAGGAUGGCCCUGACAAGGAAGGAGAAGGUCGAGGUGAAUGGCAGGGCGACGCGGGGAAAUUUACCGUGAACUGGGGAGAUCCCAGAAUUGGCAGGCAGAUUGAUCCAUCCAGUGAUCUAUGGGAAGAUCUUGAGGAGCCGCAGUCUUCCAGAGGAAGCAGUUUCGAGGAUUCCCAGGAGGACUUUGAGGAACGGCCUCGCAAAAGGGCUCCGAGACGUCGUCGCCGGAUGAGGACGCGCUCGGAAGAGGAGAGGGAUGAUGAUGGCUGGGUAAAGCGCAGGGAACCGUGGAGGCCGCCCAUUUUUCGCAGAGAAGCUGGCAGAAGAGAAGUUGGACGGCAGUCCAGGAGAGAACCCAGACAGAGAAGCGGCAGUGCAGCAGAGCAAAGGGAAGAGGAGCAAAUUAAAUACGAACCACCAGCACGGCCCGUGAAUCUGGAAGCUAUGGCACAAAAGGGCCUGCCCAUUGUGAACUUGUACCAAUUGGAACCAAAUGACUUCUACUUCUAUUUGAUCCGAGAGCUUGGAAUUCAACGAAUGCAUGCAAAGAUCAUUCGACACUAUCUCUUCACGAAGGGCGCCCAGGACUUUCGUGACAUUAAUGCCAUCCCCAGUGGUCUCAGGGAGUCCUUAGCCAAACUGGCAUCAGCAGGGGCUGCGGAUUGGAAGACCUUGGCCGAGCGCGAGUCAACGGAUGGAACUGUCAAGGUGGCUUAUGGUCUGCCAGAUGGUCAUGCCAUUGAGUCAGUGCUCAUGCCAUACCAAGAUGGCCGCCGGACUGCCUGCGUUUCCAGCCAGGUGGGCUGCGCAAUGGGCUGCGUGUUCUGUGCCACCGGGCAGAUGGGCUUUAAGCGACACCUCACAUCCAGUGAAAUCUUCGAGCAGGCAGCCCGUUUCUCUGCGAAGCUGCGGCGGCAGGGCCUUCGUCUUUCCUCUGUGGUGCUGCUGGGAAUGGGUGAACCACUGGCGAAUUUUGAGAAUGUAGUGAAAGCUGUUCGGCGUAUCCAUGAUGAGCUGGACAUUGGCAUGAGGCAUAUCACAAUCAGCACUGUUGGUUUGGUGCCUGAGAUCAAGCGGCUGGCUGAGGAGCAGCUUCAAGUGACCUUGGCAAUUUCCCUCCAUGCUGCAAAUGACGAGGAAAGAAGCAAGCUGCUUCCAAUGAACAAGCGCUAUCCAGUGGCAUCUGUUAUGCAAGCAGCGAGAGAGUACUGGGAGGUGACUGGGCGACGGGUGAGUUUCGAAUGGACGCUCAUUGCCGGGGAAAAUGACACCCCCGAGAAGGCUCAAGAGCUGGGGAAGCUGAUCUACUUGAACUGCCCAGGAGCUCAUGUGAACCUCAUCCCGCUGAAUCCCACCAACGGCUACAGCGGAGGUCCGUCUCAGCGAGAGGCAGUUGCCAAGUUUGUCGACACCUUAAGACAGUUUGGAGUGGAGGCAACAGUUCGAGUACGUCGUGGAAUCGAUAUUGAUGCUGGUUGUGGGCAGUUGGCAGAACGGUUUCAGGAGCUCAAUGUCACAGCAGCUGAGGCGGUGGCUGUGAUCCUGGGAGUGUCCGAUGCACGCUGGUCGUCAAUGCGAAGAUUGUUAGACAACAACCUUUUGACUCGGUUGAGCACGCUCAAUCAUUUGGAGCUGAGCCAUGCUCAAAAGAACCGACUGCAGACGCUCCUACAGGUGCCCACCUUCACCGAUGGAUCCCUCUUGGAGCGGUGCCCCGCAGUGGCCUCGUUGGCAAGGUGGUGCAGCGCCGUUGGCUCUGCGAUCAAUGGGGAGGAGAAGGUAGACCUGGGCGGGCUCGUCAUCGAGCCUGACCUUUGGCUCUUGAACGAG